AUGGAAAAAUUUGAAAAACUUUGCAACUUUCGUUCAAUUAUUAUAGAUGCUGUUUUUCAUGAUUUGAAAACAAAUUAUGGUUUGAUAUAUCCGACACGAGAACAAUAUACAACAAUUGUUAAUGGAAUACUUAAUCAUUUGAAGAUUGAACGUGAUCCAAAAACAUCUACAUCAAUCAUUCAAGAUACACCUAAUGAAAUACAACAAAUGGAAGAAAAAGCUGAAAUACUUAAAACAAAUUUUCAAAAGUAAAUCAAUUGAUGAUCAACAUUAUCAACGGUUGUGGCUUGAAACUUUUGAUUAUCGACAAAAUUUUAUCAAGGAAAACACAACUGCAGAUAUUAUGGAACGUUUUCCUGUUUAUUUAAAUCCAUCUAUGGUAAAAAAAAAUUGCAAGACUUUCAGUAUCACAUUUUCAUUUUAGAUGUUGACAGAUGUUAAAUUAUUAACAGGUGUAGAUUUGGAUCAUUCUGUUAAAGAAAAAAUGAAUUUGCUUUCUAAUAAAAUUUGUUCUAAUGAUAAAUUUUUAACAGGUAGGAAAAAAGUUUAUAGUAUACCAAACAGUAAUCUUGUUUAUUAGAUGAUCCAAUUGUUCGUUGUUUUAAAGUAUUAUGUAGUAUACUAAACGACUCAUGGAAACAUUACAUUUGCUUUUAUCCUGAUGUAAGU